GAAAGGACAUGCUUCAGCGAAGUAAUCCAGAUCGUCACACUCUAGACGUAGAAGCAGUAGUCAGUGCUGCAACGAGCGCGAACGCAAUGAGGGAGCUUCAAGUUGGAGGAAGGAUUAUGCUUUUCCCGCAGCAGCGUGCGAGUGGACGCGAUCAAGAACUAGACAAACUCCACACGAAUGAGUUAGGCAACGUCAUCAAGAACUAUGUUGAAAAAAAUAAAGGCGGCACAGCAUACCAACUUGAACAGAACUUGCAUCUUGCUGCUGAUUCGCCGACUGCACGACGAGCACAAGCAGGCGCCAAUGGAGAUUUUCUUAUUAGUCCUCUUCGCACCAG